UGAAAAAGUCGAUUUUGUAAUGUUUCAUAUUAAAAUAAUUUAAACCACACACUUCCCACGAUAUUCACUACACACCUAUGACGACGAAGCCAUCUCCAGGUCCGGAUGUGGAUGAACUUAUACGCUUUCUUGAGCGUGGCUUUCGUAAAAGCGAGAGGUUCAUUCCAUUGAACAAAGGCGACAUCGAAUCGGUGUGUCAGAUGGCGCGCGAGGACUUUCUGUUCGGUGAUAUGUGUCUUAAUGUAUAUGCACCCAUGAAUGUAGUUGGUGAUCUGCACGGACAGUACGAGGAUCUGUUGCGGAUUAUCAGGCACAAUGGAGCGCCGCCAAAGCAGCGAUAUCUCUUUCUUGGUGACUAUGUGGAUCGGGGCCUAAACUCCGUGGAGACCAUGAUGCUGCUGCUUUGCUAUAAGCUGAAGUACUCCCAGUGCGUUUAUCUGCUGCGCGGGAAUCAUGAGUCCCAGUCCAUAAACAGAGUCUAUGGCUUCUAUGAUGAGUGUAAGCGUCGUUAUUCUACCAAACUAUGGCGCUGCUUUGUCGAUUGCUACAACUGCAUGCCUGUGGCUGCGCUUAUUUCGAAUCGGAUCUUCUGCUGUCACGGGGGACUGAGUCCCAAUCUCGUUAGCAUCGAGGAGAUAAACAAAAUAAAGCGACCUACAGAAAUUCCAGAAUCGGGCGUACUUUGUGAUCUGCUUUGGUCCGAUCCAGAGCGCACUCUCCUUGGCUGGGGCAGAAGUCAACGUGGCGUCUCUUAUGUUUUUGGCAGCGAUGUAGUUGAUCACUUCAUCAGUCAUCACAAAUUGGAUUUGAUCUGUCGCGCCCAUCAGGUGGUCGAGGACGGCUACGAGUUCUUUGCGAAGCGGCAAUUGGUAACGAUAUUUUCGGCACCCAAUUAUUGUGGUGUAUUUGAUAACGCUGGCGCUGUCAUGUCUAUAAGUGAUAAUCUUGUUAUUACUUUUGCAAUCUUUAAUCCCAAAGGCGCUUAUGUGGUGGGACUCAAGAAUCAGGCAAAGGCUUGGGGCAAGGUAUUAUCGAGAGUAUUUCAUACUAAUAGAAAUAACUCUACAACAUCAGCAACUUCAGUUUAAUAA